ACCACUUCAUAUCUCACUUGCCAAACUCACCCAUAUAUAUAGUAACAGUUUCAAGUAUCAUUCUAUCAAUCAAAGAAUACACACGCCCCACAAUUAAGCCAUAGUGCACAAAGCUUUUACAAGAAAUUGAAAAGUCAAUAUCCAAAUUCAUCAAUUAAUUGCUAAACUUCAAUUCGCAAUCAUGCAAAACCAACAACCCUCCGGUAUCAUCAACCCUAAGUAUUGUGCUCCAUAUAAUGUCGACCUAGCAAUUGUGAGAAAGGUCUUGGCAUUAACUGAUAGCUUUACCGUCACCGAUGUCAAUGGCCAAAUUGUUUUCAGCCUUAAGGCCUCUCUCAUGACCCUCCAUGACCACCGUGUCUUGCUUGACGCCGCCGGAGAACCCGUCGUCACACUACGCCGGAAGUUAAUGACUGCUCAUGAUCGGUGGGAAGUUUUCCGUGGUGGAAGCACGGAGCCCAAAGAUUUGAUCUUUAGUGUGAAGCGAUCGUCCUUUUUCCAACUGAAGACAAAAUUAGAUGUGUUCUUAGCCAAUAAUACUAAAGAAGAAGUAUGUGACUUUAAGGUGAAAGGAAGUUGGUUCGAACGAUCUUGUGUUGUUUAUGCUGGUGAAUCUCUGAACAUUGUUGCCCAGAUGCAUAAGAAGCACACUCUUCAAAGCAUUGCGUUUGGGAAAGACAAUUUCAUGGUUACAGUGUAUCCAAAUAUUGACUCCGCAUUCAUAGCGACACUGAUUCUGAUUAUUGACGAAAUUAACAAAGACAUGAAAAAUCAAUGAUUAUUGAGCUUUUAGUUUGUGACUUCCUCUGGGUGCUCUGGUUGUGAUCAUCAAAAAGUUCAUUAAGACAAAAAUUGUGACAUACUCCAAUAAGAGAAUGUGAGACAGAAUCUCGCCAGCAUUCCUCAUGUUUUAUUGUAUACUUUUUUUUUUUUGUCAUUGUGUAUUUGCUUGUAAUGUUUUAAUGUAUACUUCUUCAGUCCUACGUACAGUAUAAGGAAAAAAAUUUGAAAAUAAAUGUGAUUUUAAUUAAUUAAGAAAAUUAGUUAAUAUUA